AUGGCACCAGCAAACGAAAGCACAAUAAGCCCAACAUUGAACCCUUACAUAGAUCCUUUGUUCAUUGCUGUGAAUGAAAAUGCUUCUGUUCCUCUGGGAAGUAUCAUCUUUGAUGGUAAUAACUUUAUGAACUGGAGCAGAAGCAUCACGAUAGCACUUGGUGCUAAGAACAAGCUUGCUUUCAUGGAAGGAAAGCAUCCAAAACCCACAGAAGGUGCAGACGAAAUACAGAAAUGGGUCAGAUGUGACUAUAUUGUAAGAUCUUGGUUGCAAGCAACCAAGAAACCUGAAAUAGCUGGAAGCUUGGUGACUAUGCAGUCCACUAAGAUUUUAUGGGAGGAAAUUCUUGAGCGGUAUGGUCAGACAAAAGCACCACCGUUAUUUCAACUCAAGAAAGAACUGUGGGAUGCAGAACAAGGGAACUCAAGUGUGAGUGACUACUACUGUAAACUCAAGGGUUUGUGGGAUCAGAUAGCAGACUUGGAGGGAAUACCAGAAUGUAGUUGUGGAGCCAUGUCCAAAUGCAGUUGUAACUUGGCAAAGCAGAUGCUUGACCUACAAGCAGCUAAGUAA